AAAAAUCAAAUACCGCUUUAGGAAACUAGCAAGAAAGAAACUGUGGUCGCCCCCUCUGUGUCUCGGUCUCAGUCUCUGUUUCUCUCAAAGCCUAGUUGGGUUGGAUUGGGAGACUGUAUUUAAACCAACCCCAUCUUUCUCUAAUCCGUUGUAUGUAUACCCUACUCACACAGCCAAAGAUACACAUAAUAGUUUGUGAAAUUUUCAAGUUGAAUUGUUCUCAGAUUUCCUUUUCUCUGAAACUGUUCUGUUUCUCUGCUUGAGCUUUUUUCCUUGAAUUUAUUUUGGUGAAGAUGACGGGAGAAUCUUCCAGCAAGGUGCCGGAAUCCGCAGCCGGAGAUGGGUUGGCAGGGUUGCUGAAGAAUCUAGGGCGUGAUGAGAUUUUGGAAGCCUUGUCUGAUGGAGGCGGGUUUUGUCUUCACUGUCAAGAUCUAUUGCAGACUCGUAUUCUCAAUCUAAUUAAUAAAAAAACGAGUGAGUUAUCAGUAUCAAGUGGUAAUGGUCAAAAUUCGGUAGAAUUCUGGUCUGCAAACUCGUCUAGCUCUUCUGUAUUAGAGAAAAAUUCACAAUCUUCUACUAAGAGCACAUCAUGGAGCUCUAUCCGAACCCCUGAGCCUGCUGGUCACUCAGGAAUACGAAACGGAUCUGUUAAUUCAUCACCUGCAUCAGUGGACAUAAAACAGAUAUCACUAAACGACGGGCUUGGUGUAAUGGAGGAGCAAAAGGAGCGUACUAGGUUCGCUCAAAUUGGCAGGAAAAAGGAUUAUGUUCAUAUUGAGAGGAUCGAUGGGAAGGCGACAAAUGUCCUCCAAGGACUCGAACUUCACACUCAAGUUUUUAAUACCGAGGAGCAGAAGAAGAUUGUUGAUCGUGUUUAUAAUUUACAGCGCAUGGGGCAAAACGGUCAGCUUAGAGCUCGAACAUAUACCGAACCAAAGAAGUGGAUGCGAGGUAAAGGACGUGUCACGAUUCAAUUUGGUUGCUGUUAUAACUACGCAGUGGACAAAAAUGGGAAUCCCCCAGGUAUUAUUAGAGAUGAGGAAGUCGAUCCGCUACCUCCCUUGUUCAAGCAAAUGAUCCAGAGGAUGGUGAGGUGGCACAUUUUGCCUCCAACAUGUGUCCCCAACAGUUGUAUUGUCAAUAUCUAUGAUGAAGGGGAUUGCAUUCCACCUCACAUUGAUCACCAUGACUUCUUUCGACCUUUUUGCACUGUUUCGUUCUUGACUGAGUGCAAUAUACUCUUUGGUGCAAAUCUGAAAAUUCUUGGCCCGGGAGAGUUUUCUGGUCCUGUUUCUAUAGCUUUGCCAGUCGGAUCGGUGCUCAUUCUAAAUGGCAAUGGAGCUGACAUUGCUAAACAUUGUGUUCCUGGUGUCCCGGCAAGAAGGAUUUCGAUCACUUUUAGAAAAAUGGAUGACAGCAAACAACCAUACAGUUUUGCAGCUGACCCAGACCUCGUGGGAAUAAAACCUCUUGUGUACUCUCCAACAAUCAAGUCGCGGGUCCAAGAAAACCAAAAGGAAAAUAAUAAGAUUACCCGUCCUCAAGAACCUGUAGGAAUCGCUGCAGAGGCAAACAAUAGCUCCAUUUUCAAUGUGAAAGAUGAUUUUCCUCCGCUUGGUAGCUUAAAUCCGGUGAACAAGCUGAGGGGUAACCGAUAUGGUCGAAGGCAAUGAGGUUCCGGCAGUUCAUUGUAUUAUUUUUUAUUUUGUUUUUUCACGCAAUUGGUAGGUUUUAACUUUAUGGUAGUGUGAUGUAGAGUUAAAAAUAUUAUGCUGGAAUUAUAUACAUGUAUUUUUGACAUAAAAUUAUGGGUUGGGAAAGCACAAGGCUCUGUAUUUUUGACUAAAAAAAAAAUUACUCUAAAAAGUGUUCUACAAAAGGUUGAGGAAUCAAAUGUUUAAUUUUUUUUA